UUUCUUGGAGUGUUCAUCUCGUAAAAAGAGCUACAAGUUGUACAGGAGAAUUAAAAGUUUUGACUGAAAAGUUGGAAGCAUGUAACAAAUGUUGGGAUGACUUGCAAUCACAAAUUGAAGCUGGGUGUUGAAAAAUUCAUUCCAUAAUGGCUGAGAGCUCAUUUGUCCCAAUUCUCGAAAUAAGAGACGAGUUCGUGACCUGUGAGAUUUGCCUGGAAUAUUUCAACGAUGGAGAGAAAUGUCCGCGCAUUCUCCCGUGUCACCACUCGUUUUGUUGUCAGUGUCUCAUUUCUCUCUGGGAAAACUCACAACAAGGAGUGACGUGUCCGAACUGUCGACGGAUAUGGCCUAUUCAGAAUUCUAUCGAGGCGACAUUUCAACAAAACAAGGUACUCAGUAAUUUAGUUGAAUAUAUUGCGUUGAAAAACAGAAGAGGCGAGAUAAACUGUCACGACUGUCCCAAUGAAUCCAAAGCAACGUCUCGCUGUAUUGACUGCCAGGAGUACAUGUGUGACGCAUGUACAUCCUACCACAACAAAUUCACAAUUUCAAAACACCACAAGACAGUUCUUAUAACAGAACUGGUGAACAUGGCUCAAGAUGAGUAUUUUCAGCAGAAAGAGAUGUGUACAAAUCACGAGAAUUUCAAAUUGGAGAUUUUCUGCAAGGAUUGCUCAACUGCGUUGUGUCCAAACUGUGCCCUUGUCUCCCAUAGAGAUCACAGGAUUUGUAAUCUGAAAGAUGUUUACAAUGAGAAAAAAGAAUUAAUCAGAACUGGUUUGAAAGAUUUACAGACAUCAGAAGAAAAACUCAGAAUAUAUUCAGAAAGAUUAACAGGAGAUGUCCAAACACUUGUUGCGACAGAACAGAAUCUUUUGAGCGACAUUGAUGAAUCAAGUAACAAAAUCAUUGCCAAAGUUAAGGAAAUAGCAACACAGCUAAAAGAAGAUGUUAUUUCAAAGGCAGCCAAACAAAAAGAUCAUAGGAGCGAGCAGAUUGAAUUGAUUGCACAGUCUGAAGGUGUGAAGGCCGAGCAUAGUCUGCAUUGCCAACAGGCUUUGCAGUUCGCUCGACAAGUGGAAUUCAUUGAAAUAUGCCAGGUUCUUGAAAACGAAACGAAGAAUCUGGUGAAAACGCCGGAACUACCUGAACUGGAGAUAAAGAAAAUUAACGUGAAUCUGACGAUUUUUGAACAGAUUGAUAAACUAAUUCAGAAACCCGGGAUCGUGUGUGAACCAAUAACUGAAACCAUCUUCUUGUGCGACACCUCACAGUUCAGACCGUGUAUUGAGCAUUCUAAAGCCAAGACGGAACAUGAAUCUGAUGUCAUCACUGUUACUUUCCUUCCAAAGAAAAAUAGACAUCAUGGCCAUAAAACAGAGAUGGAAGUCGUCAUCCCAUCUCCUGUAGAAAUCAGUCAGAAUGUGGAAGGAAGCUUGAAGACUUCUACUGCUAUUGCUGGUGGUCUCCAGUACAAAUCUGAUAUCUCGGGUCGUCAAAAAACGUCCAUGAGUAUCAAUAGCUACCACGUAUUUGAUGACAGACUUGACGUCAAGCACAAUGAUGAAGAUCUGGUUAGAAAACUACUUAUAGGCGUUGGUGGUCAGUCAGAAGAAUACAGAGAAAUAUGUUUGUUGACAAUUGAGUUUGAUGACCGGGGGAGAAACAGGCAAUAUUGCGAAAUUACAGAAAGCGGUCUGCUGGUCAACAAAUAUUCACCCAAACCUCCAUUUAAUCCAGACAGUUUACAGAUGUUACGUGGAGUUACAGACAGAAUUCCUAUAUCAGGACUCGGAUACUGGUAUUGGCAGACGAACGUAGAUUGUAUGGUGCUGGGAAAAGAUAAACCAAACUUUAUUGCAGCACAAGUUGGUGUUUGUGUAGAAGGGCAUUGCGAUGAUGAGAGCCAGAUUGCAAAUAACAAACACGCGUGGUGUGUUUGUGUACGCAGCUGUGCCACUCACAACAGAAUGUGUCUGAAGGCUGCAUCACGUGGAGAGUAUCUGUGUGACAUCCCCAUAGCUAGCUUUAAACCAAACACAAGUCUGAACGUCACGCUGGGGUUACUUCUUGACACGGAGAACUCCAUCCUCCACGUGUUGAACAUCGACACCAAGUCACUGGUUCACUCCAUACCAAACAUCCACACACCACAGCCACUGAUGCCCGUGUUUGGUGUGUACAGUCCUGGACAUGUCCACGUCAAACUGAGAGUAUCAUCCACCACGGAUCUGUCGGUGGAUCCCGCCUUCCUGAUGUUACUCUCCAAUUUAGUUCAACCGUGAUUAUCUUCCUUACUUAAUCAAUCCCUCAGCUUUACAAUUGAAUUAAAUUUACUGGCCUCUGUGGUGUCGUGAUUAAGCCAUCAGACUUAAGGCUGGUAGGUACAGGGUUCGCAGCCCGGUACUGGCUCACACCCAGAGCGAGUUUUAACGAGUCAGUGGGUAGGUGUAAGGC